CGAAGACGAACACAGGCAGAGGCCGGAUCAAACAGUCCCAAAUCUGGCUUCGUUCAGGCGCGACACUGUGGGUGAGCCCGAGUGGUGUGAAGACGACGGCGGCGACUUCUCCGAGGAGGACGUCCACGUCGGCAGGAUGAUCGAGGCGUCGCGGCGCCAGCGAGACGGCGCCGAUCUGGGAGCCGUGCCGAGGUUUUUCGGCGACGCGUUCCUCGGCGGCGGCAAGGCGCCCGCCUCCGGCGGUACGCUCUUUACCAUCGACAGCAUCUUGGCGCCGAGGCCGAAGGCGGCGCCGCAACGGCCGCCGGCCGUCGUGCAUCACGCCGCCGUGCCGUUGGGGCACUUGGCGGCCGCCGGCGCCGGAUUCGCCGCCAAUCCGGCUAACUUUUUGGCCAUGGCUUAUCCGGGUCUCUACCCGGACUACGUGCACGCGUUGGCGGCGGCGACGCAGGCCGCCUCCCUGGUGGGAGGCGGCGGCCAUCACCACCACAUGCACCAGCAGCCGAAGCGGAAGCGCCGCCAUCGCACCAUCUUCAGCGAGGAGCAGCUCGAGCAGCUGGAGGCCACCUUCGAGCAGACCCACUAUCCCGACGUGGUGCUCAGGGAGCAGCUCGCCCUCAAAGUCGACCUCAAAGAAGAGAGAGUCGAGGUGUGGUUCAAGAAUCGCCGUGCGAAAUGGAGGAAGCAGAAGAGAGAAGAGCAAGAGCGUUUGAGAAAAGUCCAAGAAGAAGAUGUCGUGUGCAAUAGGCAGGCCGCUGGCGCUCAAAGUUUCACCGAUGACGAUUCUUCCGAUUUAGAGGUCGCAUAAUUCCCCGGGAAUCCCCUGUGAAUGGUCUUACUUGCCG